GCAAUAGAUAAGAGAAAUGAAAAUUUUAUGUUUUUUAUGCUGUUUACUCAUUAAUUAUUAAUUAUUUCCAGUGGAAAGCGUUUCUAAUUAACAAAAGAAUAAUUUCUUCGAACGUGUCCAUUCCUAGUGCUCAAAGUAUACCCAUCUGUGUCUUGAAAACUCUCAAGGUAACCGAUGAAAUUGCGUCUUUAAAAAUACUGCGGAUCAACGUCGAGUCGUAAUCAUUCCUCUUUUUUAUUCGAAUGAUAUUAUCGGAGUGAAAAAAAAUGCUGAAUAAAUUAAAAGAAGUUAUGCAAACCACAAUGGAUGCGCUAGCUCCACCUCCUCCUCUGCUCGAUGACUUCAUAUACCAUUGGAGACGGUUUAUGAAAUAUUACCUUAAUCCAGAUCAUGAAAAUAUACCCGCUGCUGAACUGACUAAUCUACCGAUUUGCUUGCAUAGAUUACGAGAAAUUUUGAUCAACGAAGAUUGCGAAAUAGAAGAGAGAAAUAGCAACGUGGAAGUUGGUCCUUGUAUGGAAUACUUGUUGAAAUUCAAUUUACUCGAUCUCUUGGUUACGUUGGCAAUAUCCGAUGAUCCUCCUGGAAUGAAACAGUACAUUUUGAAGUUUUUUUCUAAAACGUUGACUCAACUCAAUGAACCAAAUAUUGCCCAUUCUGCUAUGUAUAUUCCUCUUGUGAGAUUGAUGAAUGUAUGUGAUGGAUUAUUACAUUCGGUUAGUGAAAAAGAAGAAGUCGAAUUUUUACUUCAUCUAAGCGCUGUUCUACGAAAACAACAAGCAGUAUCGUUGUUAUUUUUCUCAGAUGAAAGUAUUAAGAAUUUGACAGAAGUUACUAAUUCUGGAGAUUAUAUCAAAUACAUGAAUAUCUUGGAUUUAGUUCUUUCCUACGUCGAUAGUGCAGAUAGUGAAAUUCGAGUAAAGGCUUGCCAAUGUAUUAUUUUACUGUGUUCGAUGCGAGAUGAUGUGAUCGCCCAGUGCAUCGUUGAUAAUUUCAAAUUGAAUCAUUUUUUGAUCGGAAGAUUGAUCACGUUGUUUUACGAAAUCCCUCCUAAUGAUUUUAUUCAUUUUGAAAAUAUCGAAGCUAGUUGGGCUUUAGAUGUGCACGUGGACUCUCAAUCAAACUGUAAUAAAAAUCGUCAAGCUGUUGUCUUCUUUAAUUGGCUCGAUUUUAUCAACCAACUUGUGAUAGAAAGUCAUCCUACGAUCAAGACUAGUAUAAGACAAUCAGUGAGCGAUAUUUUCUUAGAGGAAGCUUUCAAAAUGAGUAAUCUUUCGCGACCGGAAACAAUGGCCAUUUUGCAUAAAUAUUAUUCCGGCAUUACUGCUCCAGAAUUAUUAGGAGGAUUCCAUAAAUGGCUUAUUGUCGAAGGGAAUGAACCGGAUGUUCCGGGAAUCAGUACAAAUUCCUUAUUAAAAGCUCUUAUCGAUAACUGUUCUUCUGAUAGUAGUCUAGUUGCUGUAUUUAGUUUGAAAUUUUUCGUGGAAGUGCUGAAUAAAUGCGAUGGCAGUUUAUUGCAAUGUCUAAUCCUGUGCUAUUUGAAAGAUAGAUGUUAUUACGACACAUCUGCUGCACCAGCUUCCUGGAGUGACGAAGAAGAUGAAAGGCAGAAGUACUCCAGUAGUCCUGAGGCUUUAUCUUCCAGUCGUACUUUGGCACCUUCCAAUAUCGAUAAAAUUAUUCAGAGCUUCUCCAAUAUCACUCCAAUUCAAUUACGUUCUCAAAACACCGAAGAGAAUAUUGAUCAAUUGAAAAAACACUACGAACAAGUUAUAAAAAGAUGUGCUGAAUAUCAUUGGCCUACCGAAGCCGUUUCAGACGUAGAGAGCUUGAGUAAUGAUUCGAAUCCGGAGGUCGAUACUCAUUUCAGGAGGUUUUACGAGGGACCAUUUUUGAGGAUGAUUUUUACUAAAAUUAAAUAUAUUCACACGUUGAAUUACUGCCAAAUGUUACAAGUGUCUGCGAUCGUUUCAAAGCUGGCGUUACUACCGCAUCCGUUCUUGCACGAGUAUUUAUUAAAUCCAUUUCUACCCUUAAGAAAUGGUAUCAAGUCGUUAUUCUCCUCGCUGAAAUUUGCUAUGAGCGACGUCAGUUCUCGAGUCCAAAUUAUUCUUAAUUUCCAACUAGAAUUGAACAAUGCCAGGGAACGACUGUCAAACGAGAGUAAAUACGCUGAUAGCAAAGGAGAAAUUGAUCGAUAUUUGGAAGCUUGCGUUGUACUGGAAGAAUUAUGUAAUGAGUUGGCUGCCAUCAUUUACGUUAAAUAUGCUUAUUUCCAUUAAGUCUUCUCGAAUUGAAAUUAUGAUGUGUACCUGAGUUUAAUUUUCGUUUACCUACUGUAAAGUUAUCUAGUCAUAAAGUUUCCAACCUUCUAUGUAAUUGUUUUCCUGUCUUAUUUAAAGUACGAUAUAUAUGGAAUUAUGUGUUGAAGAUUUACUUCUGAGUUUAUUGAAAAAAAUUUAUGUUCUAGUCUAAAUUUGAUUGUUACCUAAAAAUAAACGUUCGAUAAGGUGA